AUGGAGCCCCUUCCUUUAUGUGAUCUGAGACAAGCUGCUUCUGACCCAUUCCAGUGUCUGAAGCCUCUCGGCUGGGACGUGUUCGGGGGCUCGGGACCCCCUGGUGGUGCCCUCCUGCUGGGGCGGACUGUGGCAGCCGACGCGCCCCGUCCUGGAGGGACCGAAGUGACCGGGCGUUGGUCCUCCAGGUCUUCAGGGAAGAUGGCCGAGUGGAGGAGGGACCAUGGACAGCAGACGCAGGCCAGAGUGGAGCAGGCUGGAAAGCAUCCUAGUCGUAGGACGGCAGUGUCUCUUGAGCAAGAGGUUUUUGUACGGCUGGUGAAUGAGUAUGUAUCACUGUGGUGGACUUUCGGUGGCGGAACAAAACUGUCAGUUGGACGUGACACAGUUCCCACCCUCACAGUCCUGCCCCCCUCCAGUGUGGAGCUGAAGCAGGGAAAGGCCACACUGGUGUGUCUGGCCAACAAGGGCUUCCCCUCAGACUGGACUCUGCGCUGGAAAGUGGACGGUACCAGUAGGAGCUUGGGCGUGGCCGGGAGUGUGGGGGUCCUGGGGAAGGACGGCCUGUACAGCUGGAGCAGCUCCCUGACUCUCAGUGAGAACGACUGGGUGAAGGCAGGGUCACUGACCUGUGAGGCCACAAAGGGCUCCCUGUCUGCCCCCCCUCAGACACUGAGGAGAGCCCACUGUUCUUAGUAGGCCGGGUGGAGGCCCAGCUCACACACUCUGGUCACACUGUUUUUACCCUGUUCUGCCCUCAGCCUCUCUGCUCCUUACUGCUGUCACACUGAGCUGAGCCUGUGUGUGAAUCCUUCCCCCAGCCUGAGCUUUCAGUGCUAAUAUCUGACAUGUGCUCUGCUUGUGCUCUUCAACAAAUAUGCCUUCUUAUUUGUGUUUGUGUGGUUUUGAGAAUAGCUGUUAGAUCAAUAUCAUUGACAUAAUAAAGACUCUUUGAAGAA